GGGAGCGCUCAGACGCCCCCGCCCGCCCUCACCAUGGCCAGGCUGGAGGUGACGGAGACCUUCGCUGGCAUCGCCUUGCCUGGCCACCUGCACACGCAGGAGUCCCUGCGCUUCGCCAGCAGCUUCCAGUUCCGAGACACCGAUGUGCUCAUUGUCACCUACCCCAAGUCUGGCACCACCUGGAUGCAGGAGAUCCUGACCCUGAUCCACAGCAAGGGGGACCUUGAGGCAGCCAAGACCAUCCCGAACUGGGACAGAGCCCCCUGGCUGGAGCACACGUACUCCAAGGACCUGCUGCAAGAGACCAGCGGGCCCCGCCUCAUCACCACACACCUCCCCUGCCAGGUCCUGGCCCCCGCGCUCAGGAAAUCCAAGGCCAAAGUGAUCUACAUGGCCCGGAACCCCAAGGACGUCGCGGUUUCCUUCUAUCACUUCCACAAGAUGGCCAAGUUCCUGCCAGACCCUGGCUCCUUUGAGGACUUCCUCAUCAGCUUCCUGGAUGGCACAGUGCAAUACGGCUCCUGGUUCGACCACGUCAAGGGCUGGCUCAGCCAGCAGGCCGAGCUGGAGCUCUUCUACAUCACCUACGAGGAUGUGCACAAGGAGCUGGGGCGCUCGGUCGAGCGGCUUGCUGAUUGGCUGGGCUGCCCACUGCAGCCGGAGGAGAUCCAAGAAAUCCAGCAGCACUGCAGCUUCUCCUCCAUGCGCGAGAAUGCGAUGGUGAACUACACGCUCGUCCCCUGCGAGAUCAUGGACCACAGCCAGGGCAGGUUCAUGAGGAAAGGGACAGUUGGAGACUGGAGAGACCACUUCACCCCGCUGCAGAACAUGCUCUUCCACAAGAUCUACCAGAAGGAGAUGCAGGACUCCAGUAUACGCUUCCGCUGGUUCCUGGACUGAUGGGGGGGGGGGGGCUGAGCUGGCAAGGGGUGUGGCUAAGCAGGCAGGGCAGGGGCUUUGUCCACCGUUGGGAUGGGGGGAACAAAACUCUAAGCUAUGUACUUUGUUGGGCAACGUGUGCUGGGGCCCCCACCAGCCAGUCCUGGACAGUGGAGAAGGCUGUGCCAGUCACAGCCCUAGGGAGGUGACCAAGGCCCCUGGCUUCUCCUGCAGGUACCGGGAGCGUGUGUGUGGGGGGAAGGCACACAGGAAGAUUGGAUGGAACAUCAUGGGGGCAAUGCAUUGGUCACAACCAGGGUCACAAGCCCCCGCCCUGCUGAAUGUUACCCCGCACACAGCAACAAGCACCAUUCCCCAGCCCUUCUCAAAAGUGAGUGCCCACUGGGCUGCCCAUCUCUGCCCCGACCUAGGCUGUGCCACUCCCCUAGAGGGGAGCCAGGGCAGCAGCCUUGCUGGAGGCCCUGAUGGGGGACGUUGAUUCGGCGGAGUCACUCCCUCCCUCCUCAGACUUUGCAAAACACCCACUGUGACCAAAAAAGGAAGAACCGUCCCCAGGGGAUGGGGAGGGACACAGCUUUGGUGGCCAGCGUGCAAUUCCUGUGAAUCAUCACAAGAUUCUCUCGUCUUCAAGCAAGAUAAGCUUCAGACUGACUCUCACCAGAGCGUUUAAGAUAAGCUGUAUUUAUAUAUAGGAAGGCAGCAGAUUUCCCCUCAGGCUUUUCCCCAUUGGCUCAAGGGGCAGCCUGCAGGCCCUGCCUAGCCAGCAGGUUUAAGUAGGGUGACCGGAGGUCCCAAUUUUAUAGGGACAAUCCUGAUUUUUGGGUCUUUUUCUUACUUAGGCUCCUAUUACCCCCCUACCCCAUCCCAAUUUUUCACACUUGCUGUCUGGUCACCCGAGGUUUAAGAUUUGUCUAACUGACACAGUUGUAUAUUAUGGUGACAGUGCUGAGCACACGCGGGAGGCAAGGGGUGUCACUCGCCCCAUCAGAGCCAGGGCUGGCUUUUGUAUUGGAGUGUUAGGUUUAAUUAUUGAAUGGUUUUGUUUA